UCUUACUUCAGCGUCGACGUAACAACAUUGUAAACGACAACAGAAACAAAUAGAAUAAACCUAAUUUCCAUGGAGUUUAUUAGUAUAAUAGCAAAAAGAAGGAUUUCGCUCGGACUAGUGAUUUAAAUCUCCGCUCCUUGAGAGGAAUCUGGCCGUCGCAGGCUUUGCUCUUUGGAAGACGGCUCUUCUUCAUUUUUGUAGCGGGUCGCAACCAACGUUCAGGUGAAUACCGCCACCUGCUGUACCGCGGUGCUUACAAAGGGUACCUGAAGGCAUCAUCGCUCAAAACCGCAGCAGCAGACAUCACUACCCACAAUUCUCUUCUGACGCAUGCGCAAUACGCUCAGCGGCCCUAAAGGCGUUGCUGCUUGCUGCUUUCUGCUGUGCUUUCGAAAGAUGCAUCUCUCUCCAGCAUCAGUACCAGCUCCACCGUGCUAAUUUCUAGAAAUCGGGGGGAACGAUAGGAGAAACCGGCAGUGGUGCUUACGGAACAAGGGUCGCCGGAGUACGGGCCGGCGAGAUGGGAGACCAGAAGGAGUCUCUACGUAAAAUCACCCACACGCUGGCCACCAAGAAUGAGGAGAUUUCCAAUUUUAUCUGCAGUCUCAAACAAAGCCUGGAUAACUUGGAGGCCAACUCUACCAGAGUACAGGAUGACCUUGAGUUGGAGUUCAAUGCCCUCCACACAGUUCUGGAUGAGAUGAAGGAGAACAUGUUGACACGCAUUAAGCAAGAGCGAGCCAGCCGCACGUACGAACUGCAGAAUCAGCUAAGCGCGUGUUCUAAAGCGCUGGAAAGUUCAGAGGAGCUGCUGGAGCUGGCCAAUCAGACACUUUGCUCCUCCCAGACGGACGGCUUCACGCAGGCAGCCAAAGACAUUAAGGAUAGCGUGACAAUGGCUCCGGCCUUCCGCCUCUCCCUGAAGGCCAAGGCCGGCGACAACAUGAGCCACUUGAUGGUGGACUUCAGCCAGGAGAAGGACUUGCUUAAGGGGCUCAAGUUUCUCCCAGUUCCGGCGACACCAGAGAUCCAAGUGUCGGAGUGCCAGGUGUGUGACAACACAGUGACUGUCAUUUGGAGCUUAGCAGAGCCUGACAGCAAAAUAGACCAUUACAUCCUGGAACAUCGGCGGACCAACCACGAGGGCCCACCACGCAUCCGAGAGGACUAUCCUUGGAUGGUGGUGGAGGGGAUAAAGGAGAUGGAACACAUACUGACUGGUCUGCGUUUUGACACUCGUUUCAUGACGUUCAGAGUGAGGGCAUGUAACAAGGCCGUGGCAGGGGACUUCUCUGAGCCUGUUACUCUGGAAACACACGCGUUCACUUUCAAAUUGGACUCUGCGUCAGCCCACCAGAACCUGAAAGUAGAGGAUCUGAGUGUGGAGUGGGACGGCAGUGGAGGAAAGGUUCAGGACAUUCGCAAAGAAAAGACCAGAAUCAGCUCGCCCAUGCAGUCACCAGCCAGGCCAGCCUUGAUGUCGCCUAAGAGAGUACCAACGGUCCGACCCAGCAGAGACCGCUUCACAGCAGAGUCCUACACAGUCCUUGCCGACACCGCCAUCGAUGCUGGCCAGCAAUACUGGGAGGUGCGCUUCGACAAGGAGAGCAAGGCCUUCGCCGUGGGCAUAGCUCUGCGCAACCUCGGACGCUUUGACCAGCUGGGCAAGAGCAGUGCCUCCUGGUGCAUCCACCUGAACAACUGGCUACAGCAGAGUCUCACAGCCAAGCAUAACAAUAAGGCCCGAACACUGGACUGCGCUAUCCCGAGCAGUAUAGGAGUCUUCUGUAAUUAUGAUGAAGGCGUUCUUUCCUUUUUCAACGCCAAAACCAAGCAGCUGAUGCACACCUUCAGGACCAAGUUCCAGCAGCCGGUAAUCCCGGCAUUCAUGGUGUGGAAUGGCAGCUUCUCGGUGGUGACAGGCCUGCAGGUCCCUAGCGUGGUCCAAAGUGGCCAGAGAAAGAAUAGCGGUACCAGCAGCUCCAAUGCCAGCCUCACCUAGAGACCCAGCACUUCUCAGCAUUCACCCCUGCACAGCCAGCUCGACGGGCCCCGCCUUGCGGUCCACAGCGCAACAGCUACAAGGUCAUAAGAUACUGUGCGCUCCUCACACGGGCGGGAGUGUGGCUUCUUGUAUCUUCUCGCAUGUCAAGUUCCGUCCUACGACUUAGCGCUGGCCGCUGCCCUUGUUAAACCCAUUCCCAUCUCCUUCACUGCAGGUCAUAUCUGCUCUCUCCCUGUGCCUUUCUUCUCAUUUCCACUGUUGCGAGAGAGACACUGUCCCAUUUCACUUUAAAUGUUAGUAGCUAAUGUGUCUAUUCGUGUAGCUUAGUGGUCAUUACGCGCCUAUAUGGCUAUUUAACCCAAAUGGAAAAACCUGCUUUUUGCUGCCCAAUACAAUGUACAUGUACAUGUUAUUGGCUUCCCUCCUGUCACUGCUUUACAGGUUGCAAUCUCAACUCGUAUCAAAGACUACUUGAAUCGUGCAUGACACAAGAUGGCUAAAGUCAGAGAGUAGAUGUGCUCUUUUCAGAGUUUCAACUUUUUAAACUGACCUUUUCAUCCUAUUUAUCGUGAAAAAAGUAUUGAGCUGAGAUAUGCUAGGUAGCUAGCUAAAUAACCUUGCUACUAAUCAUUGAUCACCUUAUCAUUUUUAGUAGAAUCAGGAUUUCUUGAAGCUCAUUUUUGCUAGCCGCAUUUUUGAUUUAGGAGUUGACAAGCAAAUACAGUGGAACCUCCAAAAUCGAACACUCCAAAAGUGGGACAAAAGUAGACCUAAAAAGUCAAAUGUUAUUUGACAUCACAUCAACUCUCAUUCCGCUUACUGAGUUAACUUUGUGAUUGUGUUUUACUUGUUUUUAGCUUUUUGUGUUUUGUUUAGCUUACCAGUGAUCAGGAAAAGCUGAUCAAAUGCUGAUAACCAUAGAGCAGGAAAUGGACCUUAAUGUGACAUGAAGUGUAUGGCUCAUCAGUACAGUGUGUAGUAGCGGUAUGGGCAAUACAAUUGUACAAUUACCGUACAUAUGUAUCAUUUCCACACACUAUUUAUACAUGUCUUAUAUUACUAUAUAGAUUAUUAUACAUUACACAACAUUUAAUUCCAAAAGAGUGACUAGUUUUACUUUAUUUUAGUUGUACCUUGUGUCAUUAUGCUAGUGUUUUAUACUUCUAUACUUAAAAAAAGUCCUGUGUACACAAAACCCAAGAAUAAAAUGGAAGGUGGGACGGCAUGAAUGGUUAAGCAUGAUAAAUUAUUUUUUUAAUUAAUUUUAUGAGGGUGACAGUUUGAGCCUUAAGCAAAUUUAUUCCUUUUCCAUAAUUAAUUGAGAAAAACUUGGAAGUCAACCAGCGUGUAUGACUUUGGAGUUUCCACUGUACAAAACAUACUGCACUGUCAAAAUGUACUAGCGCAUGAUCACUCAGCAACCUCCUGAACCCCAUUCUUGCUUUAUUGGUCAUAAAGAAAACAGAGCUUCAUUUUUGUUUGUAUUUCUGUCAUUAACUUCACAGUAGAAUGCGAGCUGUCACUGUUGCCUCCCGAAUAUAACCUCCUUUUAGCCAGUAUGGUUUGACUGACAAGUUAUCUAAUGAACUCUAUCUGUCUGGUUGCUGUCCCACCUGGCUGGAAAACAGCCGAGUUGGAAUGGAUGAAGUGUUGUCAUGUGUACAUGUUUACUUCCUCAUUGCAAUGCCACUUUGUUUGCAACUGGAAAAUACCUGUAGUUGCUCGUAAAGAAGAAGGGAAUCUUUUUGGUUUGUUCACAUGCUAACGAAACGUCACACCCUAGUGUAAUUAAUUCUCAUUAAUCAAUCAAUGGGGUAAUAAAGGAAUGAGAUCACUUUGA